AUGUCAAAGAACAAACGCAGUAUAUCAAUCAUAAAUCUUGAAGCCUCCUCUUCUGAUUCCGUAUCGAGUCGAAGUUCUAAAAAAAUAAGGCUUACGCCUUCAAAUCACGCACCAACUUGUGACGACUCCGCUUGCAAAGGUUGCGAUGUGGGUGAAGUAGAAAUUGUUUUCACUACCGAUGAAGGUCAGGGAGUUGAACCGUCUCCAAAUGACCUUCUUCAGUUGGCUUUAGAAGAAUCUUCUAAAGAAUCCUCAAGAGAACACGGUAUCGCUAAACGUCUAUUUGACAUGUCACUCGAAGGGUUUGAUAAAUAUCAAUACGCUUUUUGUUGUGUCGCUUUUGGGAUUUAUUUGCCAAUUAUAGAACAUUUACGUAAAGGAAUAGAAAUAUAUAAACAAAUAAUCAUUGAAGAUGAUGAAUAUUAUGAUGCUUGGAUAGGACUAGGGAGAGCACGAAUUUACCUGGCGAAAAUUGAAAGAGAGAUGUUUCAGAAUGAUCAAAAUGAUUUAUCUGACUCGGAGAAUUCAAAGAAAGAACAAAAAUCAUCUAUAGAAAUCGAACAGGCUUCUUUUAAUUUGGCAAUAAAUGCAUUUGAUAAGGGUCUUUCUAUCCUUAAAUCAAAAGAUGAGAAGAAAUAUGUAAUCAAAUCAAUCCUCAUAGCUAAAGAUCUUCAAGAAUAUGCAUUGUCGAUUGAUCAUCUGAAAUUUACCGAUAACAAAAAUUUAGAUGAAAUUAAUUUCGCACAAGGAAUACAUGGGUGUUGUCUAUAUUAUCUUGCCAAAUUAAAAACCGAUCAUAAUGAUGACGAAAAUGAAGAAUCUAAGUUGCUUCUCAAUGAAGCGAUAGAAAAGCUAUCGAAAGCGAACGAAGAGGACAGGUUCACAGAAACU